AUGAGCAAUCCGCCUGUACACGAAGUCAAGGAAGCGCCAAAUUUUGAGCAAACCGGAGCUGACGCAAACAACGAUGUGGAAGUUCAGCAUGUCAAUGUUCUAGGUGAUGUGCAAGCGGGCAAAAACGAUCCAGAAGAAGACUUUUAUCAUGCUCAUGAUCACUUGGAGUCAUCGGCGGUCGAUGAAGUGUAUGUACGCAAAGUGUACAUCAUGAAUAAGAUUAUUAAUGAACACAUCGGCAUGACCUGGUGGCAGUAUGGGCUCUUGCUUGUUUCUGGUGUGGGCUGGUUUCUGGACAACGCUUGGCUUCAGCUUGUGGCCGUUGUGCUGGACCCGAUUCAUAAGGAAUUCUUGUCAAAUGAUGAAACUUAUGGUGGCAAGAAUUCAGCCAUGAUGACACUUGCCCUCUACGCCGGUCUGGUUGUGGGAGCUGCCUUCUGGGGUUUUGCGGCAGACAUUGUAGGACGGCGUUUCUCGUUCAAUGCGACACUCUUGAUUUGUGGUAUUUUCGGUGUCGCUUGCGGUGGUGCGAAGUCAUUUGUGGCCCUUGGUGGUUUGUUGGCUGCCACUGGAUUUGGAAUCGGUGGUAGUCUUCCUGUGGAUGGCAUGCUGUUCCUUGAGUUUCUUCCGGGCGCUCGCCAGCAACUGUUGACUUUGUUAUCGGUCUUCUGGCCUUUGGGACAAUUGGCCACUUCGCUAAUUGGCUGGGGUUUUAUUGCGACAUGGAGUUGCAACGACGAUGUCGAUUGUAUGGCACUGCCCAAGAAUAGCCGUGGUUGGAUCGAGGCCAAUGUCGGUUGGCGUUACACGUUUUUCGUUACUGGAUCUUACACACUUUUGUGCUUUUUCCUUCGAUUCGUCGUGUUUCAAAUCCCUGAGAGCCCAAAGUUUUUGAUUUCAAAGGGUCGCGAUGGUGAUGCUGUUCGUGCUAUGCACAGGUUCGCGAGGAUUUGUGGCAAGCCUCUGCCCGAGGGCUUGCUGACGGUGGCUUCACUUAAGGCAGCAGCUGGCCAAGAAAUUGAUGAAAAUGAAGUGAUUGAAGAAGAGAAUGAACCGCCGAAGAAUUUGGCUGACAGGAUUAUGAUGCCUGUGCAUGAGAUGGCGUUGAACUUCCGCAACAGUCACCCAGGUGAAGCAUUCUCGCAUCUGCGCCCUUUGUUCUCGACCUUUGCGAUGGGCUAUACAACGGCCAUUCUUUGGACCCUAUGGGCUGUGAUUGGUUUGGCUUAUCCACUUUUCAAUGCCUUCAUUGUAUUGUACCUUAAGGGUGGCGGCGAUGAAUCCAUCAGCAAGACAUAUCGCAAUUAUGUGAUUAUUUCUGUUUGCGGUAUCCCAGGCUGUCUCUUGGCCACCUGGUUGGUUGACCUGCCGCGAAGUGGUCGACGUGGUGCAAUGGCUAUAGGCACUUUACUCACGGGCAUUUUCUUGUUUGGAUUUACGGGUGUUGAUGGUACGAAUGAGGAUGGCAAGCUUGGCUUUUUCUGUGUGACCUCUUUUACGCAAAACAUCAUGUAUGGUGUGUUGUUCUGUUACACGCCGGAAACAUUCCCUGCUCCUUUGCGUGGUGCUGCCGAUGGUGUUGGCUCGAGUUUGAACCGUUUGUUCGGUCUUUUUGCUCCCAUCAUCAAAGCGUACCAGAAGAAGGGCUCGAACAAAUCAAUUCCUCUUUACAUUUCUGCCGCUCUUUUCCUCUUGUGUGGUUUGCUAAUGUUUACGCUACGUGUGGAAACGGCCUCACGGACCUCACUGUAG